AUGCCUGAAGACGUGACCUAUGCGACACUUACAUUUCAAGAUUCUGCUGGAGCAAGAAAUAACCAGAAUAGAAAUAACCUAAGGAAAAGAGCGUAUCCCACUCUGUCCCCCAUAUGGCGCCACACGGCCCUGGGCCUGCUGAUUCUCUGCUUGAUGCUGGUGAUCGCGCUGAUAGCCUUGGGGACUCUGUUUUUGCAGAUGUCUCACAAAAUUAACUCAGAUUCAGAGACGUUCUGUCAACUGCAGAAAGUCAUCCAGCCACGACAAGAUAACACCUCCAAACUGCUGAACUUCCCCACGGAGGAUCUCAAGUCACAGAUCUCCAACCUGCUGAAAAGGCAGGGGCGAAUGGCCAUCAAACUUUGCCAGGAAUUAAUCACUCACACUUCAGACCACAAGUGUAAUCCUUGUCCAAAGAGGUGGCUUUGGCACCAAAACAGCUGCUAUUAUUUCGAAACAAAUGAGGAGAAAACCUGGGUUCACAGUCGCCAAGACUGCAAGGACAAGAACUCCACAUUGGUGAAGAUCAACAGCUGGGAAGAAAAGGAUUUUCUCAAAUCACAGCCAAUACCCAAAUUUUCCUUUUUCUGGUUGGGAUUAUCAUGGGACCCACCCAGCAGAAGUUGGCUAUGGGAGGAUGGGUCUACCCUCUCUCCAUCCUUACUUAGUACUAUGGAAUAUGCCCAGAUCAAUGGAUCCAAAGGAUGUGCUUACUAUCAAAAUGGAAACAUUUAUAUUUCCCGCUGCAGUGCUGAAAUUUCCUGGAUUUGCGAAAAAGCAGCUGCGUUAGUAAAGAUUGAAGAUUUGGAUUAA